AUGGCAACAUUCCAGCGGGAGCUCCAGAACAGCGACUGCACGGCACACCAUUUAAACCCUCCAAUCUCUUGCCUUGAUUUGUUCCUAACGACUUAUCCUUACCGACUUAUUUCUAACGGUACCACGAAUUCAUUGGACUUGCAUCGCAAACGAUCCAAGACGAAGUGUCCACUCGCCCCCGACGCCAACGAGAAGAUCUUCCCACAGCACCUCGCCUUUGCCUCGCUCAGCUUUGGCGACGCCGCCCUCGCCGCGCACCAGUUCCUCGACGCCCAAGAUGCCGGCCUCUUCCGCACACAACCACAACAGCAGCCACGGCCAUACCGUCCAGCCUUUGCGCGCCACCAUACCGAGACCGAGGGCAACGCUCUGCGCCGCGCCGCCGAGGUCCUCGCGCUGCUACAGCGCCGCAGCGCCCCCUGCCCGAGCGGCAUGAGCGGGUGUUCUGCCAUUGGCCAGCCCAACAAGUGCUGCCAGGACGGCACCGUGUGCACCAAGGUCGACGACGCCUCAGUCGGCGGCAUCGCGUGCUGCCCGCAGGGCUCGUCGUGCGGCGGCCGCGUGGGCGCCUGUCCAUCCGACGCCACGAGCUGCGCGGCGGACUUGGGUGGCGGGUGCUGCAUCCCGGGAUACGUGUGCCAGGGCAUGGGCUGCGUGCCGAGCGCGUCGGCCACCGCCACGACGACUGUCGUGGCAACGAGCACCCACGCCCCGUCGGCCACGACAAUUACCAGCACGCAGACGACGUGGGUCGAUGGUGCGCCCUCGACUGUCAUUGUCACGCAGACCAUUACGCUGACGUCGUCACGCACGGCCACGACCAAGACGACGACCAAGACCGUCACCGAAAGCGAGAGCGGAAGCAGCAGCACCACCGUCACGGGUGGUGCGCCGUGGCGACCGACAGGCACAGCAACGUCCGAGUCAAGCACGGCAAUAACAACGACAGGGGAGGAGACGUCGACGCAAGAGGGCUGCCCAACGGGCUUUUACGGGUGUCUGGCCACCCACGGCGGCGGAUGCUGCCAGACGGACCGGGACUGCCAGACGCACUCGUGUCCGCCGCAGGCCUCGACGACGGUCGUGUCUAACGGCAAGACGGUUGUGGUUCCCGCUUCGGAUGUGCCCUCAAUGGCAACGUCGACGUGCGCCGCGGGCUGGUUCCUGUGCGGCACUGACGCGGGCGCUCGUGCGGGUUGCUGCCCCAGCGGCUACGACUGCGGCACCGCGAGCUGCUUUAGCGUGUCGGCCUCGCAGACAGGGUCGGUGCAAAAAGAGCAGCCCAAGAAAGAUGCGGCCCUGGUCAAUGCUGCCAGCAUGCUCAUGAUGCUGUGUGUUGCCGCGGUGGCGGCUGCCAGUAAUGUUAUGGUGCAAUGA